AUGUCUGAGAGCAGCGGCCCCAUCCGGCUGGACCUGAGCUCCCUCCGGGCGGCGCCCCGGGAUGUCCUGCACCUGCUGCCCUGCGCGGUGGAGCACAGCGGCCGCGCCCCGGUGGACAGAUACUUCACGCCGGCCAUCCGCCAGCGCUCGCAGGAGAAAUCUGUAUCCUUCCGGGGCAGGAGCCUCAAGGGGCAGGAUGUGCCGGUGCCCCAAGGUUAUGUGGGGCUGGUGCUGAAGGAGGAUCAAAGGCCCUGCACAGAGGAGGAGCGCACUGUGCGGCUGGAAUCAACCUUUUCAGCGCUGACGGUGUGGAACCUGGAACAGCCACCAAGUGCGGAUGAUGGGCUGUUCCUGGCCCUGAGCUGGCCAGGGAUUGCAGAGGCUAUCCACGCACCAGUGCUGAAGAAGGAACAGUGA